GCUUCCCCCUGCUCGCUGGAGGAGUGCCUGUCUGCCAAGCCUCCCACCCCGCCUUCUGUCCAGCCAGGAGAGGACCAGAAAGCAAACAAUAUAGUCACCAUCACAGGCAUCUCCCUGUGCUUGUUCAUCAUCUUUGCCACCGUCCUCAUCACGCUGUGGAGGAAGCUGUGCAGAGCUCAGAAGUGCAGCGCCGCCGUCCGCCGCGGCUCCGUCCAUUCCCCCGCCUUCCGCAAGAACUCCGACGAGGAGAACAUCUGCCAGGGCAGCAGGCAGAGGGACAGCUUCACCGAAGGAGGGGAUGCCCCUGUGAACAUCCCUCUGACCUACAGGCGAAGCCUCCAGUUGGCCCAAGAGGAUGAUGUCUCUGGAAAUGACAGCUUUCAGCCAAAUGCCCAAAAAAUAAUCCCUCCGAUUUUCAGCUACCGCCUGGCGCAGCAGCAGCUGAAAGAGAUGAAGAAGAAAGGCCUGACUGAGACCACCAAGGUGUACCACGUCUCUCAGAAUCCCCUCACGGACACGGUUGUUGGUGCCACCACGAUGCUUCCCCUGAGUGGGGAGAACCACGAGGAGGCGGCGGCAAACAAAUUUAGGAUCAAAUCUCCGUUUCUGGACCAGCCAGUCAGCCAGCCCAAGUUUCUGGGGGAAAGCUCUCACCCUAGGCUGGAUUUUCCAUUCUCACAGGCCAAUCCUGCAAUGAGCCCUACCCAAACCUUGGUAAGGAGAGCUCAUUUCAAGCACCAGGAUAGCAGAGGGGACUUGCCUGAGAGGGGCUGUCACAGAAACCCGCAGUUUAGAAGAACAGCCAGUUUCCAUGAAACUAAAAAAGCCAGGCCUUUCAGAGAGAGAAGCAUGUCCACCCUCACACCCCGGCAGACUCCUCUCUACAACGCCAGGACCAGAACAUGGGACCAGGGCUUGGAGGACAGGAUGAGGCCGAAAUCGAGAAACGCUAAUCCGACAUGUGAGAAACCAGAUCAGCCCCACAGUGCUGUGCCAGGGUGUGAGCCACCAGGCCAUGGCUCCAAGGGCCACCACAGGGCAGGUCCCUCGCUGAAGAAGCUGGACCUGAUCACUGACCGCCAGCCUGCCGGUCAGGAGAAGGCAGCUGAGAAGCCUGAGCCCAGCCGAAAUAAGAGGGGCCCUUCACCUAACUCCAGAGGCGUGUGGCGGAAGGAAACGGGCUCUGCUGGCAAAGAGAACCCCCAGAGAGGCCCAAGUGUAAGCCCUGCCCAGUACCGAAGGGACAAGUGCCAGAGCUUCCCCUUGGACCCCGAGUUUGCCUUCUAUGAUAAUACUACUUUUGGUUUAACGGAGGCAGAGCAGCAGAUGAUCGACCUCCCUGGGUAUUUUGGCUCAAAUGAAGAGGAUGAAACGAGUACUUUAAGCAUUGAGAAGCUGGUGAUCUGA